AUGGCCCCGUCUGCGAUUUGGCUGACAGCUGUUGGGCUGCCAAUGUGCCGUCCCAUGGCGGCGCAGCUGAAAGAGAUCGUUGACAGGCUCAAUGCCGCUCCAUUCAACUGUGACUUGUCCCUUGUGGGCUUCGACGAGAAGGACCCGUUCGAGCUCAUGGAGAUCCUGAAGAAGGUGCUGGUGUUCCUGGAUGAGAAGCAUGAUAUUGAUUUGCGGGAGGAGAAGCCGGAUGUGAUGUAUCAGCGCAUCUCCGAAUUCUUGCACAUCCUUGGAUACCAGUGCUCCUUUGAUAUCGAGUUUCAGCAGGGCCUGAGCUUAGGUGACAAACACACAGUACAUCCCAUCCUUUACUGGCUUCUCAACAACCUUGAUGCCUUGAAAAAGCGUGCCUACUUGGCGAAGUUCUGCAUGAAUCUGGAGGUUCCGGAGGAGUUCCUGCGAGAAGAGCAGGUCUUCUCCGCGUACCAGAACUACAAGGAGCUGCAGUCCCAGUUCAAGGCAACACACUCGCAUGUGGAGCAGGAGCGACAAGGUCGCAUGAAUCCUGUGGACUUGCAGCGAGAGGUGCAGCAGCUCGAUGCAGAGCGUGAGCAGCUUGCGCAGAAGAUCCAGCAUCUCAAGGCGAAGACCGAACGAGAUGAGGGCUUCGCCACGCUGCUGGAGGUGACUUCCAUGCUCCGAAAGGAGCAGGAGGAGGAAGCCCGACUAGCGGAAAAGCUGGCCGAGCAGAAGUACCAGCUCGAGCAGACGGAGCAACUUUACAUCGAGCGCUCUGCUCGCUUGCGUGAGAUGCGAGAGGCUGCGCUCCACGAGGGCGAAGGCAGCGCAGAGGUCAUGCUGAAGAUGCUCAGCGCCGAGGUAGUCAAAAGCAGGGAGGCCCUGGCACGAGUCAGGAAGGAGUCCGAGGAGAAGAUGGACCGUCUCCGGGAAUUGGAUUCGGCCCUCAGCGAGCCUCCGGUGACCAAGAUGGACAUCGACAGCCUCGAGGGCGAGAUCCAAGCCAUGCAGAAUGAGAUCCACUCCCUCGAAGAGAAGGUGAAUGAGCAGAACCAGGACUCGCGACUAGCGGUGUACAAGCAGCAGGCAAACCUCGUGGCCAAAAAGAAGGAGGCUGUUCUGAAGGACAAGAAGAUGUUAGAGGACGAGAGAGACAGUCUGAGCAAAGACUUGUCGACGAAGGAACGAGAAUAUGAGCAGAUGAAAGGCCAUAAGUUCAUGAAGCGGGAAGACUUCAAGACCUACGCGGCAUCACUCAGGGACAAGUCUGCCAAGUUCAAGCUCAAGAAGGCUGAGCUCAGCGAGCUUAGACACGAAGUGGCGGUACUUCAGAGGACCGAGCAGAUCUUGCAGUCGAAAGACCCAACUCCUGCCGGGCUAGUUGAGACGGAGCAGAUGCUCGAGAAGGCAUCCGUUGAGAAGUCUCAGGUAGACCGGGCGAAGGGCAAGACUCUUGAUGAGAUCUCGGCCAUUGUCCAAAAAAUCAAUGCUCAGCUCAAGGAAAAGAAGAACAAGCUGGCCCCACAAAUCAAGGCACUCCGGUCGAUCCGGCAGAGCUUCCAGCAAGUGGAGGUCAAGUAUUUGGAGAAGAAGGGCCAGUACGACCAGGCGAAAUCAGCUGUCGAUGCUGACCUUUCCAAAGUCGCAAGUGAUGACGUAGCUUUCGGACUUUGUGGCCCUUGGAGCCGCCAAGGGAGGAGCCCCCCGAAGCCUUUCAGUGCCUGCGGCCCUGAUGCCCACGCAUCGGCCAUGGCAUCCGCUGGGUACAGGCGUGCCAGCUCCACUCUUGUGGAGGCCAGCAACUAUGACAGCAACCAUGAUGACAGCUCGAUGCCGAACCGAUCCUUGACAACCCCAGCCGACUGGAGGAGAGAAGAGGAUGGCGACACAGAUCCAGAGGAACACUCAGAUAGUGAAUUCAUUGUGACGGGUGAGGUCGCCAACCGAGCAAUCACCCUGCCCAGCUUGACAGCCAAGAAGCUGAUGGAGAUCUUUCCGCAAUACGACGAUGGCUUCCGCCCAGGCUUCGGUUCUCCAUAUCGCCAUGGUCGAAGACCGAGCAAAAGCCGACGGCAGCGGCAAAAGGUUCUCCAGGAUCUGGCAGAGCGGCUCCACCACAACAGCUUCGACUUUGUGGCUGAGCGUGAAGCCGCAGCGGCAGCGGCCGCCAAAGCUGCAGCAGCGCCCGGCGGUUUUCGUGCAGAGGAGACGGUCAUUAUCUUUGACUGGGAUGAUACGCUGUUUCCUACAUGGUUUGUCACAGAGGUGGUCAACCCCUGCCUGGAAGAUCCGCAGUGCGAGCAGCUACCUGCGACCAGCCCAUUCCUUGAGUGCCUCCAGAGCCAAGGGCAAGCGGUCGAGCGAAUCCUGCGCGAAGCGCGAGUCAAUGGUCGUGUAGGGAUCGUUACUCUGGCUCAGCGCCCGUGGGUGCUAAAUUCUGCCGCAAAGUACCUCCCAAAUCUGGACUUGCCAGCCUUACUGGACGAACUUCAAAUCCCAGUCAUUUACGCCCGGGAGUGCUUGAAAAAGUAUUUGAUCCAGGGCGGAAGCGAAGAUGGCGUAUGCUUGUGGACCCUGGCGAAGCAGGCAGCCAUGACGAAGGUGCUCCGGAGAUUGUAUGGCAGGGAGGCAGCGUGGAUGAACGUACUCUCAAUCGGAGACUCGACAGUGGAGCGCACCGCCAUCACGGAAGUCAUGUGGUCCUCCCAGUACGAGCCCGUGAUGGACGCGUCCGGAAGACUUCCUUGCUGCAAGACCAUCAAGUUAAUGGACGACCCCAGCGUUGAGCAGCUGCAGACCCAACUCAUCAUGCUGAGCAUGUGGAUGACGCAACUCGCUCAACACGGUCACGACUUCGACUUCUCCUUGGAUGACUCUGACGAAGGUAUGAUGAGUAUCCAUAAACAGUUUGCCGUCAACACGUCGGCCUAG